AUGAGUUUGUGGGUAGAUAAAUACAGACCCAACUCCCUGGGCAAACUUGACUAUCACAAGGAGCAAGCUGAGCAGCUGAAAAACUUGGUCCAGUGUGGUGACUUUCCACAUUUGUUGGUCUAUGGCCCGUCGGGAUCUGGAAAGAAAACCCGAAUUAUGUGUUUGCUGAGGGAGCUGUAUGGGGCUGGAGUGGAGAAACUGCGAAUUGAGCAUCAAAGUGUUGUGGCUCCAUCAAAGAAGAAAAUUGAAAUCAACACCAUAGCAAGCAAUUACCACUUGGAAGUGAACGCCAGUGAUGCAGGAAAUCAGGACCGUGUCGUAAUUCAAGAACUGAUCAAAACCGUGGCUCAGUCUCAGCAGAUCCAGUCCAACACCAUGAGAGACUUCAAAGUGGUGAUUCUGACGGAGGUGGACAGACUGACCAAAGACGCCCAGCAUGCUUUGCGUCGCACCAUGGAGAAGUACAUGUCGACCUGCCGCCUCAUCCUCUGCUGUAACUCCACGUCCAAAGUCAUCGGUCCGAUCAGAAGCAGGUGUCUGGCCAUCAGAGUGCCCCUCCCCAGCACAGAAGAAGUGUGCACUGUGUUGGCUGCUGUCUGCAAGAAAGAGGGUCUCAAUCUACCUCCUGAGUUGGCGAAGCAGAUCUCAGAAAAGUCCGGUCGGAACCUUCGCAAAGCUCUGCUGAUGUGUGAGGCCUGUCGAGUUCAGCAGUAUCCGUUCUCCACAGACCAGGAAGUGCCAGAGACGGACUGGGAGGUCUAUCUGAGAGAGACGGCCAACGCCAUCGUGAGCCAACAGACUCCUCAGAGGCUGCUGGAGGUGAGAGCCAGACUGUACGAGCUGCUGACUCACUGCAUCCCCCCUGACGUCAUCAUGAAGGGUUUGGUGACGGAGCUGCUGAGUAACUGUGACGGACAUUUGAAGACGGAGGUUUCUCACAUCGCGGCGCACUACGAGCACCGGCUGCAGCUCGGGAACAAAGCCAUCUUUCACCUCGAGGCCUUCGUCGCCAAGUUCAUGGCCAUCUACAAGAAGUUCAUGGAGGACGGCCUGGACGCCAUGAUGUUUUAA